CCUCACUUGGCAAUUUUGAUCAUGAUCGCACCCUCGGCGCUCAUUGCCUUUGCGACUGCUGCGUCGGCCUAUGUGCAGUUUGACAACCAGUUUGCACUGCACCUCGAAGCGAGGUCAGCGGCCGACUCGCCGUGGAGCGCUGCGUACCUCACUGCGUCGUCGGACCUCGUGACGAUGGACGUCGACGGCGUCGGCGGUCUCUCGCUCCUCGAUGCCAACGCCGACGUGAGCCCGUCCUGGCCGUCGUGCAACCAGUCGCCUUUGGCAUCGACCACGCCGUGCAGCAUCAACGUACUCUUUGCGAUCUCGCAGUGCCUCGACAAGUCGACGGCGCUCGUCUUCAAGCAGUGGAUGGACAAGCUCGUGGCCAGCGAAGACAAAUUCCUGACCGGCGGCAAGCCGUGCGACAUCACCUUUUCCACGGUCGUCCUCUCCGAUUGCGCGUCGACGCCGGUCACUGGCAAGGACGCCAAGAUCUACCUCCCGCGCGACGGCGCGUCGGCCUUUCUCUCCAACAACGCCGCACUCACCAAUGUGCUCGCGACCAAAGACCUCAUCGAGUUGUUUACACCGUUUGGCGAUGUCUACUGCAGUCUCAACGCCACGUCGCACUUGGCGCCGAACGCCGUCGUGAGUCUCUUUGGUGACGCGAUGUCCCACAAAGUCAUCACGGCAUACGAGCAAGAUCGCCGCAUCCACACCGUCUUCAACUACCAUGUCUGCAGCGGGAAGGAUGCGUCGGCGUGCGCUGCGUGCCAUACGGCUUUUGCGGACGACUCGGUGCUCCUCCUGACCGACGCCGAUCUCUUCUCGCACAGCCCAUUUAAAGCCGUCCAGAGCUUCCAUUGCGCGAGCGCGCUCCCGAACGGCCUCCCCGUCAUCUCGCUGAGCAAGGACGAUGAACGGCGCUGCCACUGCAAGUGCCCCACGGGCUACGAAGACGUGGUGCGCAGUGGCCAGCGCACCUGCACGCCCAAGCCCAAAGAGGUGUGCGCGUGCUACUGGAGCAACCGGCGCUACCACUACGACAUUACUACGGCCGCGACGACCGCAACAGCGUCGACCUGUGCGAUCUCGUCGCUGUAUCCCGGCACGAUCCCUCGCAUUCCGUACCCGCGGAGCAACUACGUGGCAGAGACACACCGAAAUGCCGGAGACAAGGACGACGGCAAGUCGGUCGAGGCUGGCGCACCCUCAAUUCAGGUGACGGUCGCCAAGCGGACGGCGAUGGCGCCGACACCGUCCACGGUGUUUACGGCGCCGUAUGCCUGGGCGUAUUUCGAGCAGCACCGGGAUGCGAUCACCAACAGUCUUGUCCUCGACACGCCAGGUGUCUACAGCAUCACGAUGACGGCGAAAAGCUACCGCAGCGACGCCGACUGCCAAGUGUGCCUCUCGGUCGUCGAUCGGUUCCGGCCCGUGAGUACCGCGCGGUGCCCCGUGCCAUUGUGCGACAGUGGCAAGUGCGUCGGCGAGCCGGUCGCCGCCUACUCGGCUGCGAAUGUGGCCGCCGUCGACAGCGUUCUCAAGCAGCAUGCCGCGUACAGUGCGAGCCAAAACGUCCUCAACGACGGCUGCAGCGAAGCGCGCUGCGACGAGAACCGCUUCUACCGCAAGGACAUGUUUGCUUCGGAGUUUGUCGAGGCGAACGUCAACCUCGGGAACACAUGCUUCAAGGACAAGCUCCCUGCGGUCGUCACGACGCAGCUGCAAGCAUCGCCGUUCGGCGAAAAGAGCUGUCGGCUCCAAGACGCGUCUCCUGUGGUUCAAGGGCAGUGCACGCGGUGCUGCAAGUGGACGACACAGCUCAAAGAGCUCUACCGCGAGUACACGUGCGGCAACACAUCGACGCCGAUCGCGCAGUGCGCGGGCUCGGACGCAGGCUGCAAGACGACGCAGUGCCUCGCCGCGACGGGCGAAACGUUCUUCGCCGCCAACGCCGUUGUCCAAGCCGCGUACAAGAAGGCGACGACCGACCUCAUUACGCGCCUGUAUCCCAAGCGCGGGUACGAGUCGACGUCGGAAGUACACUUGCUGCUCGAGUGUACGGCGUACGGCGUCACGAACGAAGGCAAGUGCGCGCACGUGGUUGCGAUCGACGACCUCUUUGCCGUCACAUCGCACCUCUCGGACGCCAACGGGCUUCUCGCUUCCACCGAGAUGGCCACCAAGUAUGUCUACUGGCGCUACCGCGUCAACGGCGGUGCGUGGCGCGGCUACAAGGACGCCAGCGACGCGUCGCCGCUCCGGUUCGACGUGCAAAAGUCGACCGUGGUGCUCGAAGCGUGGUCGCAGUGCGGUCUCGUCCAGAAGGUUCAGUUUGAUGUGUACCUCCAUCUCAACCGCAAGGUGUGCGUGGCCGAUGCGUUCGAGAGCAUGUGGUACCAAUCGAGCAGUACAUUUGACGGCACUGGCGCGCUCUGCAAUGUGCUGGAGAGCGACUUUGCCGAGCUCACGUUCGACUAUGCGCCGUCGAUGGGCCUUCGCUGCAGCAACGAGUCCAUCGCGCUGCCGUACGUCUCGUCCGGCGUUCUCUGCACCGUGCAAUACGCUACGCGGUCGAGCGCGCUUCUCGUGAGCAGCGACGCGUACAAUGCGUCAAUUCUAAAGCGCUUUGCGUUCCAAAUGCUCACCGAGCCAACGACCAAGGCCGACACGACGUUUACGAUCGCCUGCAACUUUGCCUACGAAGGCUUCCAGACGCCGAAUAUCUCGGUGGCUGUCUCCAAAACGUUUACCGUCAAGAACUGCGACGUGCCCGGGUGGGACUGCCCCUUUGGCGCAUGCUCCGACACGUGCGUCGCCGGCAACAAGGGCGCGUACGCAACCAAGAAACCCGCACCGUUCCAGGUAUGCCGCGGCACGGCCGUCUCGGCCACGGCCUCCGCGACGGUCGUGGCCUCGCUCAACCAAACGUGCUGCUCGGCGUGCGGCAAGGCCCAAUGUCAAUCGAUCUUGGACGCGCCGAGCGACGACCAAGACCUCUUCCGCUGCGUCGUGACCGAGCCGGCCAUGCUUUCGGAGAGCGCCAAGCUGCUGGAAGAGAGCCAGGACAUUGUAACCGGCGGCCCGACCGUGCUCGCGCUCUCGUGCAUGCUUCUCGGGAUGGGUCUCGUGCUCGUCGUGGUCGUGGGGCGCCGCCCGUCGCCGUCGGUCGAUGCGGAGGCGGCCGACAUCUACUACCCGCUCCUCGAUCACUAACCGGCGCGGCACUUGAUUUUUGAAGGAUUUAAAAACGAUGCAUGAAUACAUUUUUGAUGAUUUAGUAUCGCACUCGGUGCGGAUCUACGCGCGGC